UUCACUGGGACAAAUUUUGUUUCAAGGUUCAAUUUAUCUGCAUUUCGUUUAUUUAUAGACACACACAUGUAGAAAAGUCAAUGAUUUUGCCUUAAGUGCACCUUUGAAAUUCGACAGAGCAGCAGCGUGUUUUUCAAAUUGCAAGAAGUUAAUUUGGGUUAUAUCUUUACCAAACAGCAAUGGCUCUACCUAUGAAAGGUCAUCACUUGAUCCAUUUCCUGUUCGUUUUUUCAACAACGACAGACGUUGGAGCAUUCUUGUUUGAUGCGGAUUCGUGUACCAGAUAUGCCGAGUAUAAAGACCUCAUCAACCUGGCGCAUGUGGAAAACUGCCUUAGCAUUGACAAAGUUUUCACGAAGUUAAAGCAACUUGGAGAUUACAAUGACCAGUACUGCUUUUCCCAUGUAUUGUAUCAGUUGGGUGACAGGUACGGUGUUUCCGUUCAAACAUCCGAGGAUUGUCAGUGUAACGGUACUAACUCCCUUCUCAACUACCAAUAUAACGUACAGGACGGCACCUGGGACAGGAAGGACCAAUGCUUGCGUUAUGAACUCAACUACAAAGCCCUGUUUGACCAGUUUUUUCUUGACCACGGCAACACGGCUCCUGCCUGUCGAUCCCACCACUCCGUGUGGUUCCACCUUUCGCGCAUACAGGAUUUCAAUUGUGCAAAGGACUUGAUAUACCACUUGAAAUAUUCGUUUGAUCAUCACCCAAGUCCAUGUGUCUGCCAACACCGUCUUCAUGCUGGUGAUCCAAACGAUUGCAUGCAGUUUCAUAGCUAUCAAGCUUUGCUGACACUGAAAGAUACCAACUUAUGCACGAGCAAGAAUUCUCAAUGGGAUCUUUUGCAUGAUCUUGAAAUAAGGAGUCCACUGUGUCGCAAGAACAUCAUUACUGAUCUUGCAAGGCAUUUCCACAAUCCUCUGUCUAUGGACCCAUGUCGCUGUCAAGCUGUUAAGCCUAUAUCUAAUGAUGAAUUACCUUUGGUUGAAGGCAAACUAAUAGAUUGCUCCAGUGUACAGACAAGCAGCUAUUCUCACCUGCGGCGAGAGCUAUUUCUAGGCGCACGUGACGCUGGCUGCACUACACAUUUCCAUCUGUGGCAGCAGUUGCAGAACAUACAGCCAUUCAAGGGUUACGACUGUACAAUGGACCUGAUUCUUCGAACAGCAAACAAAUAUCCCAGUCGAGAGUUGGACCCUUGCAAAUGUACAGGAGAGUUAUCCACUUCAACCACCAGUACAACGACAACUGCAACAAGUACAACGACAACUGCAACAAAUACAACGACAACUACAAUAAGUACAACAACUACUACAACAACUUCUGUCGCUCCAUAUCCAUCGCACAAAUAUCAGUGCCGCAAGUACGACCUUGUCGUAGAUAUUGCAACUGCUAAACAAGUGCACUCAAAUGACUCCACCCUAUGUGAAAACAAAAUUUCUGGUACAAAUGAGGACUUGGUUCUAACACUGUGCAACAUGUCGGCAGUGGACAAGUGGUCGCGUGGUCUUCAUGUGAUCAGCAACUGUGACAAUAUCCCGAACUACUCUCCAAUUGCUACGUUCACUGCCGCAGGGAACUACCACCCUGCCGAUGCCCAGUCAGGGGUGUUCCUUGAAUGUAUACCCGAAGGAUUCAAGAUGGCCAUCCAGCCAUGCGAUGGGGUACCCCAGAUCAUUCAUGUAGAGACGACCGGUGUGUUAUACAACAACGCCACCAUAUACUACGUGGUAGUUUAGUGCCGAGUGAUAUUCACCCAUUGUUGCAAGCCCAUAUACGAUUCUUCUGUACCGCUGUUUCGGAAUGUGAUGCUUAUAAAAUAAAUCAACGGCAUAUGA